CAGUAGAUGGCGACAAUACACCUUCUCGGUUGUCGUCUGUCAAUAAGCCUUAAAGAAGAAGAACGACAGCUAGUCAGCAACAUCGGUAGCUUGCUAACCAACAACCGAAACGUUAAAGGUCUUUAGACUGUUUUGGUGUAUAUUAUUCACUGUGUUUUAAACACACUGCUGGCGUUGUGCUGUCUUUGUGUUUACCCCAUUCAAUUUCAUAUUACGUUGUUUCAAGCAGACCCACAGGCUGGUUAAGUUAGCAGUAGCACUAAUUUAGGCUAGUCGCUAAUGUUAGCUAGCUAGCAUCUCCGACCAUGAGCUCACCCAGCUACUCUCUCCCUGCUAAGAAAGAGGUCUGCUGGACGAAGAAAGAGGGUAUGUGGCUAAAUAUUGUCGUGAAAGAAGAAAGUGAAGAGGAGAACGUCACAGUAAAAAACGAAAUAGAAGGUGAGGGUGUUACAUUGAAAGAAGAAGAGAAAGACGUUUCAGUGAAAGAAGAGGAAGACGCAUUCAGAGUGAAAGAGGAUGGUGCCGUUUUUGGAGUGAAGGAGGAAGGGGAGAUUACUGUCACAUUGAAUGAGGAAGAUGAGACAGGAGAUCUGAUUAACACCAGAGUGAAACCAGACUCUCACUCUGACUACGGGAUGCGUCCUUCAGUGGAACCAGGCCCAAAGACAUCCAAACCAGCAAGACCACACCAUUGCUCCCAGUGUGGAAAGAGUUUUACUAAGUUACGAAACCUAAAAGAGCAUGAGAGGACACACACAGCAGAAAAGCCUUUCCAAUGUUUGCAGUGUACAAAGAGUUUCUGCUGGUUAGGGAAGCUAAAAGUACAUGAGAGAAUACACACAGGAGAAAAGCCUUACCACUGUUCUCAGUGUGGAACAAGUUUUACCCAAUUAGGGACCCUAAAAACACAUGAGAAAAUACACUCUGGAGUGAAGCCUUUACAACUGCUCUCAGUGUGGAACUAGUUUUACCCGGUCAAGGGACCUGAAAGAGCACGAAAGAAUACACACAGGAGAGAAGCCUUACCACUGCUCACAAUGUGGAAAAACUUUUACCUGGUUAGGUAGCUUGAAAACGCAUGAGAGGACACACACAGGUGAGAAGCCUUACCACUGUUCCCACUGUGGAAAGAGCUUUCCCCUAUUAGGGAAUCUGAACAACCAUGAGAGAACACACACAGGAGAGAAGCCUUACCACUGCUCCCAUUGUGGAAAGGGUUUUGGACAAUUGGGGCAUCUAAAAGUGCAUGAAAGAACACACACAGGAGAGAUGCCUUACCAGUGCUCCCAUUGUGAAAAGGGUUUUGGACAAUUGGGGCAUCUAAAAGUGCAUGAAAGAACACACACCGGGGAGAAGCCUUACCAAUGCUCCCAUUGUGGAAAGGGUUUUACCCAAGUAGGGAGCCUGAAAACACAUGAAAGAACACACACAGGAGAGAAGCCUUACCAAUGCUCGCAUUGCGGAAAGGGUUUUACCCAGUUAGGGAGCCUGAAAUCACAUCAGAGGAUACAUACACGGGAGAAGAAGACCCCAGGAAGGGAAUUAGCUGCUGCCCUGGCAGCAGCUAAUUUGAAUCCAUAAUAAAAAAAAUACAAAUAUAAUACUCCCAGUGUGGAAAUAGUUUUGGACAAUUAGAGCCCCUGAAAUCACAUGAGCUACUAGAGGCUGUGUUCUGAGUUAUGUUUUUGACUGAGAAAGUGUUUUUGUUCAUGCCACAUGAAACUUAAUUG